AUGACCAUUAGCUGCUAUUCAGUGAGUAAUCUGAUAACCAUCUUGUUUCUUUGCGGAGUUUUAAUUGAAGGUAGUCUGAGCAAUCGCCAAAAGCGACAGUUGUCACCUGCAGUACUUCUUGAAAAUAAUCUUGGUCCACUCUUCAGAUACGCUUCUGUACCAGAUCAACCAUUCUUGAAACGAUCGUUUGGCUUCAAACGUCAUUUGUCUCCCUCAAUGGAUAUAGACGAUCAACUUAAGAGCGCAUUAACUUUACAGAGUAUCGGUAAACGACAAAUGCUGAGCCCCGCUGAUAAUUUUCGUCGGCGCAUUGAAGUAAGCUUAUUAACCUUAGAUAAGAAAUCAGAUUGGGGCCGAUGCUGA